UUCUCGUUCACCGAGCAUAGUGUAGGCCUACAUGUUGGCAUAGGCCUAACAUCUUAUCUUAUGAAAUGAAAUUCGAAGGGCACAGGAAAAAUUUUGCGUUGGAAGAUUUAGAAUCAAUAAACAUGUCCGAUUCCUUACACAAUACAUGAGCAGGGUCACCAUUCAAGUGUGAACAGGACACAAUUAGAUCAGGAUAAGAGAAACAAUAAAAAAUUGAAAAGCAGAAUUUGACAACCGGAACACGAUAAGUAUUAGAAGGAAGGAAUACUACAAACAAAAAACAGCAGCAAGAAAACAAUCACAGCCGACAAUACGGUAACUUCCAACGAUCAUCAGGACGCAGCGCAUGGUUAGAACUUGGUGAUCACAACUUGUCUAAUGUAAAGGCCUACAUCAUUUCUUAGUCCUGUUUGCGAUUCAAGAUACAGCAAAUAGAAGCAUUUAAGCUGUCGCAAGCCAUUUCGAGUCAGAGACGACAUGCGUACGACACAUAUCCCGUCGACAAGUGGUAAGAAGACACAGAAAUCGAAAAGCGAGACGUUGACGCAUUAGGCAAAAGAAGCAACCCAGAUAAUUACUGAGUCAACAACACGAAUCCGUUGUUAUUCCCACACUCUCCAUUAUGCAGCAGAGACCAUGGAAAUCCAAUCGAAGAGCUAAGUAUGUUUUCAAUUUGCGUGUGGAUUAAAUUGGAGAAUACUUUUGAUUUUCAAACAUGUUCAAAAAGUUGACGGAGAGUAAAACGAAUGCGGCCGCAACCAUGCCGGCGAAGUUACCGUCCGUUUCUAGUAGCGCGGUUCGGUUCAAGUUGGAUACGGGUACCUAUGAAACGGAGCGCGUACUUGGUGAAGGUACCUUUGGUCGAGUUGAAUUGGUAACAGAAAAAGAAAGCGGUACAAAGUUAGCGUUGAAAUAUAUUUUAAAAUCUAAAACAAAUUUUAAAGACUUUCAGCGGGAGUUUCGAAUGAGUUAUUUUCUAUGUGGUCAUGCACACGUAGUUUGUACUUUUGAAGCUGCCUUCGAGACUCCAGAAGCGUACGUUUUUGCUCAGGAAUACGCGCCAGUCGGAGAUCUCUUUGACGCCAUACCGCCUCAUAAAGGUCUUUUGGAAAGCAGGGCGAAAUCUUGUCUACCACAAAUUGCUUCGGCUAUUUCAUUUCUUCACGGGCAAAACAUGGUGCAUCGUGAUAUCAAACCAGAGAAUGUUCUUGUGUUUGAUGAGUCGUUAACAAUGGUGAAAUUAACUGAUUUUGGAAUGACUAGAAAAAAGGGUUCUCACGUCAGAAAGACAGCUCAUAGUAUUCCCUAUACACCACCAGAAAUAUGCAAGGCUGUAAAACACGAGGGUUAUUCGGUUGAGUUGGGCCAGGAUGUCUGGUCAUUUGCAGUGCUAGUUUUUUGUACUCUGACUGGUAGCUUUCCUUGGGAGAAAGCUGACCAAACCGAUCAAUAUUUUUCUGAUUUUUCUAAAUGGGUGAAGAGACGGUCGCACGUUCUGCCACAAGACUGGAGAAUGUUCACCCCGAGGUUGUUGAAGUUCUACCGUAAAGCUUUAGAUUUGAAGACAUCACGAAGGUGUGCCAUUACAGACUUCUUCAAGUAUGUGGAGGAUGAUUGGAUAACGCCGAGCAAACGAAAUCGAUCAACAGACGAGGACGCUGGAAAUCGCGAAGCCAUGGAAGACCUACGGCGUAAAUUGCGAUCUCAUGGUGUGGUGACGGAAACAAAUAAAGAAAACAGAAAACAAAGGACUAUAGAUUGGGUCGAACAGUGUCAAGUGACGUCACCAGUAACCUCCGAUGAAUCAAAAAACAGCAAUGUUCUAAAGGAUUCUGAUGAAAAAAAUACAAAUGACGUUGAAAAUGGCAUUGAUUAACUAGGCCUACUAUUAAGAGUUUGUACUGAACAAGCUUGGGAUGACAAUAGAUAAUACAGGCCCGUAGCGUGGGUGGCGGGGGGUGUUAAGGGGGUUACGACGAACAGCCCAAAAACUGGAGAAGGUCCUCAUUAAAAAACGAAAACUUGAUAUUCGUAGAUAUAUUUACAAUGUUCUCCAGAGUAUCGGAGAUCAUACAAGCCAAAGGGUCCACUUUCCACUGAAACGAACCUCCCGCAUAUAAGUCACGCUACGGGUCUGUAAUAUUAAAGUAGGCAGAUAAAUGAUCGUCUUUCAAACAUGGAUGACUUUUUAAGUGUGAAAAUGUAAAACAAAGGAUAGAGUUGAGUUGUAAACCAAUAAUUUUUUUAAAGUCAAUUAAAAUAGGAACAAAUAAUAAUAAUAUAGAGAAAUUUUGAAAUGUUCUUUAAUAGAGAUUUUGUACAAAAUGAAUAUCAAAAUGAAGUACUGUAUUGUAUAUAAAGAGUAUAUGAUAUGACGCAGGACUACGUAAGGACUUAUUAGUUUUCUUAGCGAAAUCUUAUCGCUCACGUGAAUGAAUUUGAUAUAGGCCUAGGUCUACAGUACGAACAAAAUGAUUGCUGGAUUAUUAUGAAAAGAAUCGUCUUCGAGUUAAUAAUUUUGUUUUAUUUAAGAACAAAGAUAAUAAGUGCUCAGAAAAUAUGAUUACGACCAUUACGUUAUUUCGACCAGGUUUGUAUCAACCCUGCAUCCACCAGUCGCGUGAUUUUUCUUCGCCUGUCUUCACUUGAGGUUAGCAUCUUAGGAUGCACCCGACAUUUCCCAACAUAAUUUGCCAUCUGGGCUUUAGGGCCUACACAUUGCUUGUUGACGUUGACGAAUUUUUGUAAACGAUACAAGUAGUUCUCUAACAUUAAAAGACUUAAUAAAGUAUCUUAUAGGCCUAUACUUGAUUUACAACGCCACGUUGAUUAUUAAUAUAAUGUUACGUCGAUUCGACGCGUUACGUUGAUUGCCACGUUACGCUGGCUACCACAUUGCGUUGAAUAUAUCUAUUAUUACAUUACGUUGAAUUUCAAGUUGGACUGUAGUCUAUUUCUCGUUGUUAUUUUACGAUUAAAGUUAUGCUCAUACAGGAAUAGUGUUCUUAUAUAACCAACGUGGUUUUCAAUUCGAUGAGGAUCAGUAGGGGCCUAUUUAUUAAAUUAUACUACUAAUGUCGCAUUUAUGUUAAUUUUGAUUUUUAUUCAAAUAAACCUUCACUUAAUAAUAUGGAAGUGGUUUAACGCAGUGGAAUCCUUAAGUUCGGAGUUCAAUCGUUCGCUGUGCCCUUGGGCAAAGCAUACUUUACAGCACGAUAGCGCAAUUCGAGCGCUAUUUAUCUGCAUUGCUUCUCUCCAGGAUUAUAAAUUGGUGCAUGGUGGGGUUGACUGUUCCUGCGUUCCAGCAGCAACAUUAAGCAUGAGGACUCACUGACCUGGCAAAAUGGCGCUUUGUAUUUGAAAAUAAUUAAAUAAAUAGAUAAAAAUAUUAGUAGUUGAUCAACACUUUCAUGAGAUAACAUCUGUUCACAAUGAUAUUGUUUGCGAAUUGAUCAUCAUACUCUGAAUCUAGGGUUUCAUAUUCCAAUAAAUACGGUGGACCAUAUGGCGGCAAAUGUAAUUAUAAUUACAUUGCAUGUCAGUGAUGAAGAUACGAAUAUCUGUAUUACUUCUCAUACUUCCUAUUCCAAAAUAAAAGGCUUAAAAGCCAGGGCCCCGUCGGGGAGAGUUUCCCCCCCCCCCCCCCCCCUCCCUUC